AAGUCAUCAUCUUUAAAAUCCGUGCUAAUGAGCUUUUUCUGUUUCACCUCUUCUUCUUCUGGGGUGCAUCAGAUCCAUGGCGGCGGAUUCUGAUGUUUUCUCAUUCGUUGUUGAAUUCUAGGGUUUUGGAAUUUGUUUGUUUGCUUUUUUUUUUUUUCUUUUUCUUUUUAAAUUCUGGGGUUUUUGUUUUUGAAGACUUUUCUGUGUUUUUGUUUUUGUUUUGGGUUUGUUUUGCCGACUUUGUGGGAAGAUCCGGGAUGGAUUUUUGGAAAGUUGAGACUUUGCAUUUCAGAUUAUUUGGAGGAAUAUUAAUUUCAUGGCUUGCUAUGAGAUUUUGUGGUUAUUGUUAUGCAGAUGUUGUGACUUCCUGGUAAAGUGGGCUUCGAUGAGGAACUGACUGCCUAGAUUGGGAUUUGACUUUUUGGGAUAGAGUUCAGACUGUUAUUUAUGCUCUGUAGUUAAGUUAUUGGUCUGAAGUUUCACAUCACUUGGAAUAACAGUCUAACUAUGUUGAGGAGAUGAAUAGAAAGUUAAUUGAGGUAUCAAAAUCGCUCUCUAGUGGCAUUCUAGUGGUUUUGAUUGAAAGUAUCAGAUUGGUGUCUGACGAUCACAGCUAGCGUCUGUAGUUGCUAUCAUAGCAUUUACUAAGAAAGCUGUUAGUUUGAUCUGGGCAAGUGAAUUGCGACAGUCUCUGUAACUUGCUUUAUCAGGUUGCUCAUUGAAGCUGUUUGAGGUCUGAUACUAAACUAUACUUCUGUUAUUCGAAGAUGAUGGAUUAAGCUCACUUUUACCAUGGUUUAUUUGAGUUGAGCUUUAGAAGUUGCUGAUGACUUGUCCAUAUCAGGGAGUGGUUGUAUUUACUCUUGGGAAAAGAAAUUAGCAGCCAUGUAACUGUGUAGCUUGGUUCUAAUUGGGAGGUCCUUUUGUGUGAAAGUGUUAUUUAAGUAUAAAUUUGUACCAGCGCUUUCAUUUUGUCCAAGUAUCUGUUGAUAAUAUGGAAGCUGAAAAUUCUAAUGCUAAUCAUAUUCCAAGUGUUAUUCAUCGGUUACUCCCUGUUGUCGGUCCCGUGCUUCUGAUUUCAGUUGGGUAUGUUGACCCUGGAAAGUGGGCUGCAAAUGUUGAAGGGGGUGCGCGUUUUGGGUUUGAUUUAGUAACGUUGAUGCUCAUUUUCAAUUUUGCUGCUAUUUUGUGUCAGUACUUGUCAGCUCGUAUUGGAGUGGUUACUGGAAGAGAUCUUGCUCAGAUUUGCUGUGAUGAGUAUGACAAGUAUACAUGUAUAUUCUUAGGUGUUCAAGCUGAGCUGUCCAUGAUUCUUUUGGACCUUACCAUGGUCUUGGGCAUUGCUCAUGGACUUAAUCUUCUGUUUGGGUGGGACUUAUUCACUUGUGUCUUUUUGACUGCUAUUAAUGCUGUUUUCUUCCCACUUUUUACCACCCUUCUUGACAAUUGCAAGGAGAAGUUCCUAUGCAUAUGCAUUGCAGGCUUCAUAUUGCUUUCCUUUGUUCUUGGUGUAAUAAUUAGUCAACCAGAAGUACCGCUAUCUGUGAAUGGGAUGUUAACAAAGUUAAGUGGGGAGAGUGCAUUUGCACUAAUGAGUAUUCUUGGGGCAAGUAUCAUGCCUCAUAAUUUUUAUCUUCAUUCUUCUAUUGUGCAGCAGCAUCAUGGACCGCCAAACAUAUCUAAGGACGCCCUGUGUCACAAACAUUUUUUUGCCAUAUUAUGCAUCUUUAGUGGAAUUUUUCUGGUGAAUUAUGUACUGAUGAACUCAGCAGCAAAUCUUUUCUACAGUACAGGCUUUGUUUUACUUACAUUUCAGGAUGCAAUGUCUCUGAUGGAACAGGUCUUUAGAGGUCCAAUAGCACCCGUUGCCUUUUUACUGGUUCUGCUUGUAUCAAAUCAAAUUACAGCAUUAACCUGGAGUAUGGGUGGACAAGUAGUGUUACAUGAUUUCUUGAAACUGGAUAUUCCUGGUUGGCUGCAUUGUGCUACAAUCAGAAUUAUUGCCAUUAUUCCGGCUCUUCAUUGUGUUUGGAGUUCAGGAGCUGAAGGGAUGUAUCAACUACUUAUAUUCACUCAGGCUUUGGUAGCUGUGUUGCUUCCACCAUCUGUGAUACCUCUUUUCAGGAUUGCUGCAUCAAAAUCAAUAAUGGGUAUUUAUAAAACAUCUCAGAUUCUUGAGUUUCUAGCUAUCAUUACAUUUAUUGGGAUGCUUGGCUUGAAGAUUGUAUUUGUUAUAGAAAUGAUGUUUGGUAAUAGUGAUUGGGUCACUAAUUUGAGGUGGAAUAUGGGGAGUAGCAUGUCAAUAUCUUAUGUUUUUCUUCUCAUCACUAUCUGUGCAUCAUUUUGUUUGAUGCUCUGGCUGGCGGCUACUCCUUUGAAAUCUGCUAGUGUCCAGUUAGAUGCUCAGGUGUGGAGCUGGGAUACGCCGAAGGUAUCUGCUUCAUUCUCAAAGAAAGAGGACGAUGAUAUAAUUGACAUGAGAUAUCAUGGAGAGGCACAUGUUCAGAAGCAAGAAGUGUCACCAAUCUUAGGGAAGGGUGUGGAUAGUCAUUCUGAUAAAACAAUUGAAAGUUUUGAUCUUGAUUUACCUGAGACUAUCAUGGAGCCUGAUUAUGAUUAUGAGCACACAAUUGCAGAAAAUAGUUCUCAUAGCUCUUCAAUGGGCCCUAGGGAGGAAUCUACAACCAUGGCGGAGACAACUUCUGUCUCAACUGUAAUUAGUGAGGCUUCCAAUAUUACAUUGAUGGACAAGGGCACGGUGAAGAUUGAAUCAAUAGAUCCAGUUGAAAAGACUCUUGGAAUUGAAGAUAUCCAUAUUGAAAAGGAUGACGAUGAGGGAGAUAGUUGGCCUGAAGAUUCAACCAAAGGGGUUUCUGAGAGCAACCCCUCUUUGACACCUGAGGGUCCAGGAUCAUUUAGGAGUCUCAGCGGAAGAAGUGAGGAAGGGGGCAAUAGUGCUGGAAGCCUUUCAAGAUUAGCAGGAUUGGGGCGUGCUGCUAGGCGUCAACUAGCUGCUGUACUUGAAGAGUUUUGGGGACAACUGUAUGAUUUCCAUGGGCUAGCAACUCAAGAAGCAAAGACUAAGAAAUUGGAUGUGUUGUUGGGGAUAGAUUCUAAGGCUUCCUCUUCCUCGUUGAAAGUGGACACAACUGCAAAGGAAAUUUCUGGGUAUUUUUCACCUGUAGGAGGCAGAGGACCUGAUCCUCUAACCAGCUCAAGUUUGUAUGACUCUCCGAGGCAGCGGAGGCCACAAAGCACUUUAGAGCCGUAUGAGGUUCAAAGAUCAUCUGCAUUGUGGUCCAAUCAAAUUCAGAUGUUGGAUGCCUAUGUGCAAAAUUCUAACCGUAAUGCUAUUGAUGCUUGUGAGAGACGCUAUUCGAGUGUGCGCAACCUAACAUCUUCUGAGGGUUGGGAUCAUCAACCAGCCACAGUACAUGGUUAUCAGAUGGCAUCCUAUCUCAGUCGUGUUGCAAGGGACCGAAGUUCUGAUAACUUGAAUGGUCAGUUGGAGUCACCAGCCUUUAAAUCCCCUGCCUUGAGUGGCACAAACUAUAGAGAUCCACUUGCAUUUGCUAUGGGACCGAAAGUGCAAAAUGGAUUGAGCACUAGUCAGGCUUCCGGUUUCCAGAACCUUGUGGCAUCUAGAAGUAGUCUGUUGCGUUCUGAACGACCAUAUUAUGCACUUUGCCCUUCUGGAACUGUUGAGAAUUUGGUAAGCCCGGCCAAUACAAAGAAAUAUCAUAGCUUGCCAGACAUUCACCGGGAUAUAUCUGUGUCCAAUAAAAGUGCUCAAAUGGAGAGUCCUAGUGGAUUUGGAUUAUCCGUUGGCCGAAAUACUUAUGGACAGUCCGUGUAUUCUGGUUCUGGAACAAGAUCGGGAGCUCCUUUAGCAUUUGAUGAACUCUCUCCAUCAAAAGUCUAUAGAGAUGCUCUAUCCUCACCGUUGAGUUCCGGUUUUGACACCGGGUCAUUCUGGUCUAGACAGCCUUUUGAGCAAUUUGGUGUUGCUGAUAAUAGUCGUGCUGUUGGUAAUACAGGAGUUGGAAGUAGGAUGAAUUCUGUAAGUCAAGAAACUUCUUCAACUGCAGAUUCAGAGGCCAAGCUUCUUCAGUCUUUUAGAUAUUGCAUCGUGAGGCUUCUGAAAUUGGAAGGAUCUGAUUGGUUGUUUAGACAGAAUGACGGGGCCGAUGAGGAUCUCAUUGAUCGUGUGGCUGCUAGGGAGAAAUUUCUAUAUGAUGCUGAAACUAGAGAGAUGAAUCGUGGAAUUCAAACAGGUGACCCUCAGUAUGUUUCUUCUGAUAUGAAAUUCUCUGCAAUGAAGAACAAUGAUGCAACUUUCACUCAUUUCACGGUUUCCUCAGUUCCUCAUUGUGGGGAGGGCUGUGUCUGGAGAUCAGAUUUGAUUAUAAGCUUUGGGGUGUGGUGCAUUCAUCGGAUUCUUGACCUAUCACUUAUGGAAAGCCGGCCAGAGCUAUGGGGAAAAUAUACAUAUGUACUCAAUCGGCUUCAGGGGAUCAUUGAUCUGGCAUUUUCCAAGCCUCGUAGUCCAAUGACACCAUGCUUCUGCCUUCAAAUCCCAGCAGCACAGCAGCAGCAGAGACUAAGCCCACCCGUAGCAAAUGGAAUGUUGCCCCCAGCUGCAAAACCAGGCAGGGGUAAGUGCACAAAUGCGGCGACGCUCCUGGACAUAAUCAAGGAUGUGGAGGUAGCAAUAUCUUGCCGGAAGGGCAGAACAGGGACAGCAGCUGGUGAUGUGGCUUUCCCGAAGGGAAAAGAAAAUCUGGCAUCUGUCCUAAAACGAUACAAGCGACGAUUAUCUAACAAACCUGUUGGCACUCCUGAGGGGCCUGGUUCACGGAAGGUUUCAACAUCUGCACCAUAUGGCUCAUAGAAUUAUGUCGGUUUUGCCUCCAACUGAGUUAUUGAGUUGUUUGAUUUUGGAAAACAGCUCAAGUUCUGCUCCAAGAGUCAUUGCGUCUCUCUCUCUCUCUCUCUCUCUCUGUGUAUCAAAGCCAUGAGCUGCAAAUGUUAUUUCCAUGUAUGUUAACGUAUACAUAGGUUAAGAAAAUACUGGAUGUGUAAUUGCAGCAGAAUUAAAUGGGUAGAAGGGUGGAAAAAGUUGAUCAUUGCAA